CCCUGAUGAAGACCAUCAGGAUGAAGACUGAAAGCUGUUGGUAGAAUAAAGUGAUGACUCUUUGUUUUUUUCACAUUUGGUUAUUUUGUAACUCGAGCACGGAGUUGGCUGAACUAGUGAAAGCACACAGUUCCUAAAAGUCACUUUAUUAUGUGGUCACCAUGACGACCAACUGUCACUGAGCCUGAACACACUCUGAGGAGCUGAACACCUGAACAGACGAGGGAGGAGGAGGAAGCCGCUUUGCCGGAGCUGCGAUGGGGAUUUGAACGCACCUCCGCAGCGCAGAAGACAGCGCUGCACGGCACGGCCCGGCUCAGAGCGCAGCGCAGCGGGCGGGACCGCCUCACUUUAUCCCCCCGGUUUGGAUGUAACCUGAUCGGAUUCGGCCUUACUGACUGAGCGGUUGAUUGGUUGGUUGGUUGGUUGUGUGGUCGCUUGGAGCUGGAGGCCGGUAGCAGGACAGCUUUCUGCCCGGACUGGUGCUGCUGCUGGUGGCCGAGCGGAGUGUCGCCGUCGGUCGGUUGGUUACCGUGGAGACCGGAGAGGAGUGUCGCCUUCAGGGACCCGCAGCGGCUGCUCUCUCUCUGUGUGUUUGUGCGUUUCUCUCUCUGCUGGAUGGACUCGGUUACACACGGGAUUAAGUGAUUAACGCUCCGGUACCGGGGAGUUGGAUGUGUGUUUUGCCCCGCGGGAAGUCACCUGGAGUCCGGCUGGAGAGACGGAGCCGAUGGCACAACGGUAUGAAGACCUGGCCCACUACGGGCUGGAGGGGGUGGGUGGGGUGUAUGGAGACCCACACCACCAUCACCACCACCAUGCCGCUGCCGCCCGCUCCCUGCAGGCCGUGCACCUGGCUGCCGCCGCCGCCGCUGCUGGCCCUUACCCUCCACACCAGUACGCCCAGUCCACCCACACAAGCGGCAGCAUGGGCUCCACGGCCGGGGACGCCGUCAAGAGGGACAAAGACGCCAUUUAUGGACAUCCUUUAUUCCCUCUGCUCGCACUGAUUUUUGAAAAAUGUGAAUUGGCGACCUGCACGCCGAGAGAGAGCGGCGUGGCCGGAGGAGACGUCUGUUCCUCAGAUUCCUUCAACGAGGACAUCGCCGUCUUCUCCAAACAGCUCCGAUCAGAGAGGCCUUUAUUUUCAUCAAACCCAGAGCUGGAUAAUUUGAUGGUCCAGUCGAUACAAGUGCUGCGCUUCCACCUCCUGGAGCUGGAGAAGGUUCAUGAGCUUUGUGAUAACUUCUGUCAUCGAUACAUCAGCUGUCUGAAAGGGAAAAUGCCGAUCGAUCUAGUUAUAGACGACAGAGACGGAAACAAAUCGGACAGCGAGGACUUCAUCAGGUCAUCAGGGAACAACAUUGAUCAGCUCUCAUGGAGCAGAGAUCAUGAUGACGCAGCAUCGAUCCGGUCAGCAGGGACGCCGGGACCGUCCAGCGGUGGACACACGUCUCACAGCGGCGACAACAGCAGCGAACAAGGUGACUGCCUGGAUAACGGCAUGGCUUCUCCCAGCACAGGGGACGACGACGACCCCGACAGAGACAAACUGCACAACAAAAAGAGAGGCAUCUUCCCCAAAGUGGCCACCAACAUCCUGAGAGCCUGGCUUUUUCAGCACUUGACGCACCCGUACCCGUCAGAGGAGCAGAAGAAGCAGCUGGCUCAGGACACCGGCCUCACCAUCCUGCAGGUCAACAACUGGUUCAUCAAUGCGAGGCGGCGGAUCGUUCAGCCCAUGAUCGACCAGUCCAACAGAGCAGUGAGCCAUCCAGGACCGUACGGCCCAGAUGGUCAGCCAAUGGGAAGCUUCAUUAUGGACGGACAGACACACAUGGGAAUCAGACCACCUGGUCCUAUGGGUGGUGUGGGGAUGGGGAUGGGAGUGGAGGGACAGUGGCACUACAUGUAGCACCACCACCAGCACCCUGCAGCCAGAGGACCCGCCCAGUGUCCCGGGAAACCACCGACUCCAUCAGCAGGUCUGCAGACCUCCUCGGCAGGCGUGGAGCAGGACCCCGCGCCUCCUCACCCGUCCUCCCCUCAGCCCCACCCCUCUGGGCAUCUACCUGGCCUGAUAAGGAAAACACCUGACGGACGCCACGGAGACGCUUUGUGGCUUAAGAUUAAACACAGAAACAAAGAGACUGUGGGGACAGAUGGAGAUCCUGGAAGGAAUUAUAAUAACCAGCUGUGUGUCCUCACUGAUGAGGAGGAUUUUUCUGAAUCAGGACACAAACGACGACGUGGCGUUUCUGGAUUUGAUCAUUUCCUGUGAUGUCAGCAGCCCAGAGUGUCAUCCAACAGAUCUACCCUUCUGUUUCCUCUCUGGACUAAAACUACAGACGCCUCAAGUGGACAUUUUGACACCAGCGGAGCGUCCUUUCCCUCCUCUACAGCCGUUGAACUCAUAUCGACAUGAAGCUGAUGUCUGUAUUUCCCGAGGCGUUCUUUGGAAACUCGUCAACAAACCAUUUUUUUUCAAGAGUCCAAAGCUCUGAUAGAUGGAUGGCAGAGGUCACGUGACCGAGCGCUGUUUACUGAGGACUCUCAGAGGACGAGAGACAAGUCGUUACAUGUGCUCUGCUGCUGCCUUUUUGCAUAAUAUACUGUUUUAAAGGAAAGUUUCACUUUUCACACUGUGUGUGUUUGUCUUUUUUCAUAGACUUCUAUCGUCCCUCGAGCCCCACAAACCCCUGAGUUCUAAAAUAAAAAAGUGAAGCAAA